UGUUAUCGAAUUACAAGAACAUCUUAUUGAGCAUAAGUAAUGUAAAACUUGUAUUUACUUACAGAAUGGGGGCAACCAUGGUAAAACCUCUGGUAAAAAACGGAAAUUUUUUAGACGCAUUGCCUUCUCAGGCAACCCUCCAUGUAGUAAUGUUAGGCUUGGACUCUGCGGGGAAAACCACUGCAUUAUACAGACUUAAGUUCGAUCAGUAUUUAAACACGGUGCCGACUAUUGGUUUUAAUUGCGAAAAAGUUCAAGGUACUAUUGGUAAGGCUAAAGGAGUUCAUUUUCUUGUUUGGGAUGUUGGAGGUCAAGAAAAACUAAGACCUCUUUGGAGAAGCUAUACACGCUGCACCGAUGGAAUUUUGUUUGUUAUCGAUUCGGUCGAUACGGAACGAAUGGAAGAAGCAAAAAUGGAGUUGAUGCGUACCGCUAAAUGUCCUGAUAAUCAGUUUUUUGUUUGUGGACACAACGGAUUUGGACGAAAAUGCGGAUUUGAACUCCAAGGAUUGUCUAAGCUUAGAGCAAAUAUUAUUACUUUAAUUUAAUAAAGAUCCUUUUAUCAAAUAAAAAUUGAAAACAAAUGUGUUUUUUUCAUUUUUGGUCGUAAGAUUAAAAAUAUAUUCGUGUCAUGUUGAUACUAAAGUCCUAUCAAUUUGACCCAAAAAACGACCUUCUUAUACCCCGAAUCCGUUUUAAAUUACUGCUAAAUAGUGUCCAUAUGACCACAUAUUCUUACUAAAAAUGCCAAUACGUGGUUUUUUUUUGUCACCAAAAGGGUCAAAAAGAUAUUUUGGAAAAAAUAUGAAAAUGACACUAAAAUUGUGUGAAUUAGAUGUUCUUCGUAUCAGAUAUUUUUUGACACUUUUUUGAGUGCUGAAAUGUGUACAUUGUUAAAUGUUGUAUAUAGAAAUUUUAUUUAUAAUUUAGAGUUACCUCUAUAAUUGUUUGCUUCCACAUUGCUACCCUUUUUGUGUAGAGGAAUUAUAAACGAUUUCUUCCACAUAUUGGGAAAUUGUGAAGAUUCUUAAGAUAAGGUAAAUAAUUUAAGGGGCUUGAGAAUAAGGCUAUGAUAAAUUAGUUAGAACAAACCGAAAGAAUUUAACUUUAAAACGAUUUAAAUUUUGUAUAACAAAGAGUUAUGCACGGCAAAACUAGACCGAGCACAAGAUUGAGAACCAGUAUCCCUUUCAAUGAGUGUAAACUCUUUAUUUAUUAUUUGAGACUGACAGAUAGUAAAAGGGAACAGAAGAAUUGGAGAACGAACUUACUAUAGAAAAUAUUUUUUGCAUCAUUCUUAUUUCUGGAUCUCGAGUGCAGGAUGAUAUGGACCUUUGGGUUGAGUAAGAGGUGCUUCUUUCGACACAAACACGCAGUCCGAAAUAGUUACAAAAAACAGGUCUAGUAAACGGCAAAGUUUUAUUCCAAUAACUUUAAAUUUGAGGGACUAAAUAAAUAAAGUAUAUAUAUCCUUGAUUAGCAUCACUAGACGAGUCGAUUUAGACAUGUCUGCCGUCCGCCUGUAUGCCGUUUCUACGCAAACUAAUCUCUAAGUUUUAAAGCUAUUGGGCUGAAACUUUACUUCUUUUGCAAGUAGUAUAUAAUACAUAAGAAUAAUCGGAAAAAAACAAUUUUAAAAAAUUAUAACUUUUGUGUUAUUUAACAUGUAACCCCAUAGGCUUGGAAAUAACAUUUUUUAAUUAGUUCUGAAUGUCGAAUUUUAUUUUAUCAAAAUCGGACGACUAUAUCAUAUAGUUGCCACAGAGACGAUCAGAAAAUCUGUGGGAAAAUAACAUAAAAUGAAUUAAAGCUUCGGUGUUCUCGACAUAUUAUCCUAUACUAUUGGGAAUAUCAUUUUUUGUAUUUUUAAGAAUUUAGAAUUUAAUUUGUUACAAAUAGGACCACUCCAACGUGUAGCUGUCAAAGAAACGAUCAGACAAACAAUGAAAUAAUUAAUAAAUUUUUUUUUUUUAUAUUACUGAAGCUGACAACAAUACUUUAAAACGUAAUAUGGUGUUACUUUCAUUAAUCAUAACUGCUAGGGUAUACAAACUUCGGAUUGCUGAAGAUUACUUUCUUUUUUGGAAUAGUUAUAAUUUUUUAAAAUUGGAAAAAACAGCGUAUGCUUGAUUAAUACUUUAAAACCUCUUCUUUCAAAAUACCUUUUUUUGACGACACCUAUUAUUUAAUUUCUUAAAAAUAAAAACAAGUUAAAUUAAAAAAAAACAUAGGUUUUGAGCCAAAUCUUCCUACCUCUGGAAAUAGGGCUAGGCACUUUCUCUACUAGCAGCUUACUGUAUCUCAUCCUCAGCUCUGUAGCUCAUCCUCAGCACAGUUCUUAUAUCGCCUGACGGCACCGUAAUAACAACAGUUAUCCUUGUCGCGACACGGUCGUCCUGUCAUAAAAGCGUUCCAGCCACGGCGGUACCCAGAAGGGUCCACUUUGGUUAGACAUAAACAAUGUGUUUGCUGAAAAGCAAAUAUAACGGUUAUUACUUUGACGUUUUAUAACAUAGAUUUACUCUUGAAAAUAUCAAUAUUAUAAUAUUUCAGAAUUUCGAAAACAAAUUUUCAAAAAUCGGACGACAUUGUGUUAUAGCUGUCAUCAUAACAAACGCAUAAUAAGAUUAAAAAUAAUAUAAAUCCCGUUUUUUCCUUUACAUGUACUUUAAUAAAUUAAAAUGUAAUUAGUUUUUAGUUUUCUAAAAAUCGGAAAGCUCUUGACCUACAAUGCUCUCAAUGAGAACAAAGCCGAAUUUAGUUUCUCGGUAUUUGGUUAAGUACACGACAACCUUAAUUAUUUUAUAAAAAGGUUUUCAAAAAAUGUGCAUCCUAUAAUCUCUUUCAGGAAGCAGAGGGAGCUGCAAGGCGGAGAUAGAGAUGGAAAUAUUUGGAAAUAAAAAGGGUUGACAUAAGCAAGCACAAAAA